UAUUGAUUAUACAGACAAUAUCGACCUCAUUCAAAGUAUAGUACCCAGUUAUUCACUAACAGGAAGAAAGGACUAUUGUGUUAGUUUAUGUGAACAUUAUUAACUGAAAUUAAUUAAAAUGAAUAAGUUUGUGAUAUUGUGUGUGGUUGUUCUUUAUGGAGCAAGCUAUUCAGUUGAAGGCGCAUCCAGAAUUAUUGGUGGCACCGUUGCUACUGGAAACGAGUUCAAUUACAUGGUCUCCUUGCAAAGAAUAAGUGAAGUGGCUCAAUUGACGAGAGGACAUAGAUGUGGAGGAGCAUUGAUCACGUUAAGUCAUGCAUUGACAGCUGCCUCAUGCCUUCAUAACAAUAAUCAGCUAAUUGUCGCGUCAGAACACCGUCUAUUUGCUGGCGCAACGAGGCUCGAUGAUGACUCUAACGAGUAUCGUGUUCGGAAUGUAGCUAACUUCACAAUCCACCCUGAGUUUAACCCGAGCCAGCGUUUUAAUUACGACAUCGCAGUUAUUACUACUGUCAGUCCGUUCUCAAACGUCGCAGUGUCGACCCUGAGGCUUCCCACUGAGGAUAUCGGAAUUCAACUAGAACCAGGUUGCACUACUCCUGGUUGGGGAGCCCAAAAUAGUUCAGCCACUGCAAGUUACCAGUUGAUGUUCAUUCGAAGCCGAAUAACUGAAAACGCUGUCUGUUUCCAAUCCUACGUCAAUCAAGGAACUUCAAUUACUGUGUUUCCCAACAUGCUGUGCGCUUUGCCGCCGACAAACAGUACUGGAUGUCAUGGUGACAUUGGAAACCCCCUGGUUUGCGGCGACUAUCUGCAGGGCGUUCUUUUCUUGUCAAAAGACUGCGCAUCUCCAGUAGUGAUGCCAUCACCUGACGUAUACUCCAGAGUGUUCAGCCACGGUGCUUGGUUGAACGAAACCGUGUUCGGAAUUAUUAGUCAAGAAAACACAACAACUGUAGCCCCACCAACUGAAAGUGGAGCUUCGACUUAUCAAGCUGGUGCUGGUCUGCUAACGAUAUUCGCGCUCGUUCAAAUUGUAACAUCAAUGUCAUAAGAUAAUACCUAUAUAUAUAUUUUU